AUGUCGAUGUACCCGGGGCAUCGCGGCAUGCCGCCCCCUGUCAACGGGAGCGGUGCUCGCCUCAACGAGCUCCUUGACCAAAUCCGCGGCGAAUUCGAGGUCUACGCCCGCCAGAGCGAGACCUACGAGCAUCAACUUCGAGAUCAAGUGAACGAGAUGCAGAGUAUCCGUGAGAGAGUCCAGUACAUGGAACAGGCUCAGGUUACUCUGAAGCAAAAGUACGAGGAGGAACUCGCCAUGUUGCGCCGUCAGCUCGAUGCUCGCGGUGGCCCGCCAGGCGGCAUGAACCCGCCCCCGCAGCAUGGAGGCCCCUCGCAGCAGCCUCCUUCUAUCGGUAUGGGCAGUAAUGUAUUUGGCGCGAUAAUGGCCGGGCAAGGCACCCAAGGACUGGCUCCCCCGCCGCCGCCCCAGCAAGAGCAGCAACCUGCUCACAUGCCGCCCGCACCGCCCGGACUUGGAGGCCCGCCGCCGCCGCCACCUCCUCCGUCCCAGCAACCUCCUUUCCAGCAGCAGUAUCCCCAGGGACCGCCGCCGGGAAGCUUCCCCUCGCAGCCCCCACAGAGCACCGCUUCCCCGGGACCCGGAGGCAACAAGCGACCACCCAUCGGGAGGCCUCCCGCUGGCGGCCCAGCCACCCCUCAGAUCAACACUCCUAUUCCAUAUAACGGGCCUGGCCAGUCCCCUCAGGUGCCCACGCAUCCUACCCCAGACCAUGCUCGGAUGUCGCAACAUGCCCCUCCUCCGCCUCCCCCGCCCGGAAACUCCCUAAGCGAGUUGGACCCGGACCGUCUUCCGAACCAUAUCAAAAAGGUCCGCGAGGAUUGGUGGGUCAUCUUCAACCAGUCCGUGCCGCGCGUGCUGGAUGUGGAUCUGGUUCACACUCUCGUGCACGAGAGCGUUGUAUGCUGCGUUAGGUUCAGUGCUGACGGCAAGUGGGUUGCAACCGGCUGCAACAGAUCUGCUCAGAUCUACGAUGUUCAGACAGGCGAGAAGAUGUGUGUUCUCCAGGAUGAGAAUAUUGAUCUGAAUGGUGACCUCUAUAUCCGGAGCGUUUGCUUCAGCCCAGACGGCAAGUAUCUUGCCACUGGUGCCGAGGACAAGUUGAUUAGAGUCUGGGAUAUUGCUCAGAGGACCAUCCGCAACACUUUCCAGGGUCACGAGCAGGAUAUUUACUCGCUUGACUUUGCCCGCGAUGGUCGUACCAUCGCUUCCGGCAGUGGCGACCGCACUGUCAGGAUCUGGGAUAUCGAGACGGGCCUCAAUACCCUGACGCUCUCGAUCGAAGACGGAGUGACGACGGUUGCCAUCUCACCAGACGCCAAACUUGUCGCUGCUGGAUCGCUCGACAAGAGCGUGAGGGUUUGGGAUAUCAAGAUGGGAUACUUGCUCGAGCGACUUGAAGGCCCCGAUGGACACAAGGACAGUGUGUACAGCGUUGCAUUCUCCCCUAAUGGCCGUGAUCUUGUUAGCGGUAGUUUGGACAAGACGAUCAAGAUGUGGGAGCUGAGCGCCCCUCGUGGCAUGAAUCAACCCACACCACUUAAGGGUGGCAGGUGUAUCAAGACCUUCGAGGGACACAGGGAUUUUGUUCUAAGCGUCGCGCUUACGCCCGAUGCUCAGUGGGUGCUUUCGGGCUCCAAGGACCGAGGCGUCCAGUUCUGGGACCCUCGCACCGGCCUCACGCAGCUGAUGCUCCAAGGCCAUAAGAAUUCGGUCAUCUCAGUUGCUCCCAGUCCUACUGGGGGCUUCUUUGCGACGGGGUCCGGUGAUAUGAAGGCCCGAAUCUGGUCGUACCAUCGUGUACAACAAUCUUAG